GGUCCCGCUACCGGGGCGGUCGCAGGAGGAACAAGGCCUUCUUGGAGCCUCUGGAGCAGGGUCCGUGAUGGAGCCCGCUGCCCGGGGUCGCGCCCCGCCCUGAGUCCCUCGGACUGCCAUGCUGCCCCGAGGGCGCCCCCGGGCACUGGGGGCCGCCACGCUGCUGCUGCUGCUGGUGGUAGUGGUUGGCUUCUUCCUGUUCGGCCGGGACCCCGAGUACGGACUACAGGCAGCUGCCACCCUCGAUGGAGACCCGUACGGGAGCCGCAAUCGCUCCACCUCCAAUCUGCAGCCUCUACUGCCACCCAAGUGCGAGCUGUUGCAUGUGGCCAUUGUGUGUGCCGGACACAACUCCAGCCGAGAGGUCAUCACCCUUGUGAAGUCCGUGUUAUUCUACAGGAAAAAUCCGCUGCACCUCCACCUGGUAACUGAUGCUGUAGCCAGAAGCAUCCUGGAGACACUCUUCCGAACAUGGAUGGUGCCGGCUGUGACCAUCAGAUUCUAUGACGCUGAAGAACUCAAGCCGCUGAUCUCCUGGAUCCCCAAUAAGCACUACUCUGGCCUCUAUGGGCUAAUGAAGUUAGUGCUUCCCAGCAUCCUGCCUCUCAGCCUGGCCCGAGUGGUUGUUCUGGACACUGACGUCACUUUCUCCUCGGAUAUUGCCGAACUGUGGGCACUCUUCGCUCACUUUUCCGGUGAGGCGCCUGCAACCCUGCCCUGGCCUGCCCCCUCCCCUACCUGCCCAGGCCCCUGUUGUGUACUAACCCUGAGCCACAGUCCCGAGGCAGCUCCCUCCUGCCCUCCCCUCCCAGACAAGCAGGUGAUCGGUCUCGUGGAGAACCAGAGUGACUGGUACCUGGGCAACCUCUGGAAGAACCAUAAGCCUUGGCCUGCCUUGGGCAGGGGAUUUAACACAGGUGUGAUCCUGCUGCAGCUGGACAGGCUCCGGCAAUCUGGCUGGGAGCAGAUGUGGAAGCUGAUGGCCAAACGGGAGCUCCUUACUCUGCAGGCCACGUCUCUGGCUGACCAGGAUGUUUUCAAUGCUGUCAUUAAGGAGCACCCUGAGCUGGUCCAUCCCCUGCCCUGCGUCUGGAAUGUGCAGUUGUCAGACCACACACUGGCCGAGCGCUGCUACUUGGAAGCAGCUGACCUCAAGGUGAUCCACUGGAAUUCACCAAAGAAGCUUCGCGUGAAGAACAAGCAUGCAGAAUUCUUCCGAAACCUGCACUUGACCUUCCUGGGAUAUGAUGGGAACCUGCUGCGGAGAGAGCUCUUUGGCUGCCCCAGCCAGCUCCCUGCUGAAGCCGAGCAGCUGCAACAGGCCAUGGCACAGCUGGAUGAGGAAGAACCCUGCUUUGAGUUCCGGCAACAGCAGCUCACUAUGCAUCGGGUGCACAUCACCUUCCUGCCCCACCGGCCGCCACCUCCCCAGCCCCAUGAUGUCACCCUGGUGGCCCAGCUCUCUAUGGACCGGCUGCAGAUGCUGGAAGCCCUGUGCAGGCACUGGCCAGGUCCCAUGAGCCUGGCUUUGUACCUGACAGAUGCAGAGGCUCAGCAGUUCCUGCAUUUCGUGGAAACUUCACCAGUGCUCUCUGCGAGGAAGGAUGUAGCCUACCAUAUAGUGUACCGGGAGGGCCCCCUCUAUCCGGUCAACCAGCUCCGCAAUGUGGCCUUGGCCCAGGCUCUCACGCCCUACGUCUUCCUCAGUGACAUUGACUUCUUACCUGCCUACUCCCUCUAUGACUACCUCAGGGCCUCUAUUGAGCAGCUGGAGCUGAGCAGUCUGCAGCGGAAGGCUGCUUUGGUGGUGCCUGCAUUUGAGACCCUGCACUACCGCUUCAGCUUCCCAAACUCCAAGGCAGAGCUGUUGACUUUACUAGAUGCAGGCUCCCUCUACACCUUCAGGUACCAUGAGUGGCCACAGGGUCAUGCGCCCACAGACUAUGCCCGCUGGCGGGAGGCCCAGGCACCAUACCGUGUGCAAUGGGCAGCUGACUACGAGCCCUAUGUGGUGGUACCCCGUGACUGUCCCCGCUAUGAUCCUCGCUUUGUGGGCUUUGGCUGGAACAAGGUGGCCCACAUCAUAGAGCUGGAUGCUCAGGAAUACGAACUUCUGGUGCUGCCCGAGGCCUUCUCCAUCCACCUGCCCCAUGCUCCAAGUCUGGACAUCUCCCGCUUCCGCUCCAGCCCCACCUAUCGAGACUGUCUCCAGGCCUUCAAGGAGGAGUUCCACCAGGACUUGUCCCGGCGCUAUGGGGCUGCAGCCCUCAAAUACCUCACUGCCCUGCAGCUGUCCCAGAGCCGGGCCUGAGCUUGCUGAGCUGCCCUGGGCUCUCACACACACUCCCUGCAGACACUGGGGAACCCUGGUGGGUGCCCACCUUUACUGCUAUUUAAAUUAUUUUAAGGUUUGUCAGAGGGGCUGGGGUGGAGCAUCUGUGGGGGUUCCUCGAUUUUCCCUUGUUGCUGUUCCACCAUUGGAACAGCAAUCCUUCUUUGCCUCAGCUGGUUUGGGGCUAGUUCCCCCAAUCCCCUUUUGUAAUAAAAAAAUUUAAUUGGGGUUUUCUUUUUAUGUGUGACUGUCCUGCCUAUAUGUAUGUAUGUACAAGAGGGCUUUAGAUCCCCUGGAAGUGGAGUUAUAGUAGCUGUGAGCCACCAUGUAAGUGCUGGGAACCAAACCCAGGUCUAACCCGAGUCAU